ACACAGAGGCGGUCGGACAUAAUUUCACAAGCAGGCUGUAGAGUGUGGCAUCCCACACGCAGACUUACAAAACACGAACCUAUAGUGUCCAGAUUGAGUUUUCGCACUCAGUGAUUGGACUUGAUGUGUUCGUCAUGGUUUACGCACAGCAUCCCAACCGCUUUGAGACUCGACAUACUGCAUAGGCUGCGGCAACACCUGUAACGUGCGUGACGAGCCACAACCGACAUAGUGGAAACAAUAAAACCAGCCCUGUUUCAUUAGGAGCUUAAAAAUGAAUCCAUUAGAGUUUAUCCAUGCAGCGUGUUAAUUAUGAGUUUGAUGCAUUUUGCUUCAAUAUGAUCACGCAGGAUGUCACGUAGCUACACUUUUACAAAUUGUUCACAUGGUUUCAACUGAUCCGUAGACACGGACAGAUGCAACCUCUCACAGUGAGGUCCGGCAGUGCUCGAGGAGAAGGCAUGAGGUGCUGAAGUCAAUGUCAAAAUUCAUAUUUUUGCAUGUCAGCUACCGAUUAAAACGUCGGCAAAGUGCUGUUGAUAUGCUGCAGUUUGUCAUUCAAACGUUUCUCCCAUUCAUCGAUGCUGUGUUUCCUCCCCUGAUGAAGGCGGUGGGUUGAGGUUGCAUUUAACAUCAAUCACAUCCAGUGCACGGAGCGCACGCAGUCUUCAGUCUAUCAGUUGGAGAGUGUAUGCUCUCCCCUCGGGUGUCGGAUAUGCGCUCCUCUCCUCUUUUAUCCUGUUGAAAAAAAUCUGAUGCCCUUUUCACUGGAAAAGCGUUGGCGAGUGGCUCCACCGGACCUGCCUUUCCCCCCCUCACUCGAACAAAACCUGAAGUUGAGACUUGAGGAGUUUUCAGCACCACUUUUUCGUGGACAGCGCUCGCAAUGAAUUCCGGAGAUCGACGCAGCCUCGAAAUGCGUUUGGAUUCCCGCUGGAUACUAUUGAGUUACAGUGUUUUUUCACUGAAAGCACAACCGUAGUUUUUCAGGAAACCUUCUAUUCUCCUAAUAUUCCAGCAGAAAAAUAGAACGUUUUUUCCUUGGAUAUGGGUCACUCCAUGUAGAUUCCCCGUGGGCAGGAGAGCUGGGAAUUCGCUCUGAAGCCUGUGGACCUGAGACGGCCCGAGGGCUCUGACAUACACCAAAUCCCUGCCCAGGGGAAUGGUGGAGAUUAAAAACUUCUGAUUGAGGUAGAGAGGGAAGAGACACAAAGACAGGGAGGCAGAGACAGAAGAGGAAAAAAGCUUAUGGUUCACCUUUGUUCUUGUUAAUACCCCGAGUGAAGGAUCUCCAAAGAAUAACACAAGACACAAAAACAGCUGUCCACAACAGUGGUCAAAGGAUGGAGUGAGUAAAAGAAAAGAAAGAAGCAGGAUUACAUCCUGAGAAAGAGCCAAGAUCAUAUUCUACUCUAAUUGAAUGCCUGAGAGAGGGCAUAGACAUGAGAGGAAUCCUUUUCUGUGAAAACUGCUUCAAGAGGCAGUGCAAUUAACCCUCUGGCCAUUAUAAAAUAAUACCUGGCUAUUGUUGUUUCCUGAUUGCUGGUGUGGAUUCGUGCUCGGAUGGUGAUCAUGUUUCAGCCUCCAGCCUGUAGACUGAAUCAGAAUGGCUGUCAGAGAAACAUCCACAUUCUGCUGCUGCUGCUUCUUUACAGUUCCCUCAAGGCCUCUUUGGCUGCCAAACCCAAAGGGCCAGGACAAACGCAUUUGAACUCCAUCCGCAUUGACGGAGAUAUCUCCUUAGGUGGGCUGUUCCCUGUGCAUGCCAGGGGCCAUGAUGGCAAACCCUGCGGGGAGCUGAAGAAGGAGAAGGGUAUACACAGACUGGAAGCCAUGCUCUUUGCCCUUGACCGCAUAAAUAAUGAUAAUAAUCUCCUGCCUAACAUCACAUUGGGAGCGAGGAUCCUGGACACCUGUUCCAGGGACACUCAUGCCUUGGAGCAGUCGCUCACCUUCGUCCAGGCUCUGAUCGAGAAGGACGGGACAGAUGUCAAAUGCCUCGGCGGGGGGGCGCCAAUCAUCACCAAACCUGAGAGGGUGGUGGGCGUCAUCGGCGCGUCUUCGAGCUCCGUUUCCAUCAUGGUGGCCAACAUACUGCGCCUGUUUAAGAUACCCCAGGUGAGCUACGCCUCUACAGCGCCGGAGCUGAGUGACAACACCCGCUACGACUUCUUCUCCCGUGUGGUGCCUCCAGACACAUAUCAGGCCCAGGCCAUGGUGGACAUUGUUAAGGCCAUGCGCUGGAACUUUGUCUCCACUGUGGCCUCAGAGGGAAACUACGGAGAGAGCGGAGUUGAUGCUUUCAUUCAGAAGUCUCGGGAGGAUGGUGGUGUGUGCAUCUCACAGUCAGUUAAGAUUCCCCGAGAGCCAAAGCAAGGAGAGUUUGACAAGAUUAUGCGAAGACUUGGAGAAAAUACAAAUGCAAGAGUCGUCAUACUUUUUGCCAACGAAGACGAUAUCAGGCGACUACUUCAUGCAGCAAAAAAGGCCAACCAGACGGGUCAUUUUAUCUGGGUGGGUUCAGACAGCUGGGGCUCAAAGAGCGCUCCAGUUGAGAACCAGGAGGAGAUGGCAGAGGGAGCAGUCACCAUCUUGCCGAAGCGCCAGUCCAUCAAAGGGUUUGACAGGUACUUCAUUAGCCGCACACUGGAAAACAACAGAAGAAAUAUCUGGUUUGCUGAGUUCUGGGAGAACAACUUCAAAUGCAAACUCAGCCGUCACGCCGUGAAGAAAGGGUCCGGUCUCAAAAAGUGCACAAAUCAGGAGCGAAUAGGGAAGGACUCUGAUUUUGAGCAAGAAGGAAAGGUUCAGUUUGUUAUAGAUGCUGUAUAUUCGAUGGCUCACGGCUUGCACAACAUGCACAAAGAACUCUGCCCUGGGAAGGUGGGUCUCUGCGCAAAAAUGGAUCCCAUCAACGGUACCCAUCUCCUCAAGCAUAUUCGCCGCCUAAACUUCUCAGGCAUAGCUGGCAACCCAGUGCUCUUCAACGAAAACGGAGAUGCCCCUGGACGCUACGAGAUCUACCAAUACCAGAUCAGAAACCGAACACCUGAAUACAAAGUCAUUGGUCACUGGACAGACCAGCUACAUCUGAAUGUGCGUUCGAUGCAGUGGCCGGGCGGAGUCCGUCAGGUUCCGACCUCAAUCUGCAGUCAGCCCUGUCAGCCAGGAGAGCGCAAGAAGAUUGUGAAGGGCAUUCCUUGCUGCUGGCAUUGCGAGCGUUGUGAUGGAUAUCAGUAUCAGGCAGACACCUACACGUGUAAAAUGUGUCGCUUCGAUUUGCGUCCCAAUGAGAAUCACACAGGUUGCGUUCCAAUCCCCAUUGUUAAGCUGGAGUGGAGCUCCCCCUGGGCUGUCAUCCCGGUGCUCAUCGCAGUCGUUGGCAUCAUGGCCACUUUGUUUGUGGUGGUUACGUUCGUCCGCUACAAUGAUACUCCAAUUGUGAAGGCAUCGGGGAGAGAGCUGAGCUAUGUGCUGCUAACUGGAAUCUUUCUCUGUUAUGCCACCACAUUCCUGAUGAUUUCUACCCCUGACGUCGGAAUUUGCUCCCUCCGUCGGAUCUUCUUGGGCCUGGGGAUGAGCAUUAGCUACGCCGCUCUGCUCACCAAAACCAAUCGUAUUUACCGGAUCUUUGAGCAGGGCACCAUGUCUGUAAGUGCACCCAGGUUCAUUUCUCCAGCCUCUCAGCUUGUCAUCACGUUCACACUGGCUUCAGUGCAGCUGCUCGGGGUGUGCAUCUGGUUUGGUGUGGAUCCCUCCAAGGCCAUAAUCGACUAUGAAGACCAGAGGACAUCCAACCCUGUGCUGGCUCGUGGUGUGCUCAAGUGUGAUAUCUCUGACCUAUCCCUUAUCUGCUUGCUGGGCUACAGCAUGUUGCUCAUGGUUACCUGUACUGUCUACGCCAUCAAAACAAGAGGAGUACCUGAGGCAUUCAAUGAGGCCAAACCCAUUGGUUUCACAAUGUACACAACCUGCAUUAUUUGGCUUGCAUUCAUCCCAAUUUUCUUUGGCACUUCACAAUCAACAGAAAAGGUAAGCUGGAGUCCAACUUAUAUUCUGUCAGGGUUUUUGGUAACAGACAAUGCUGUGAUGAAAUUCUUAGACAUUCAUUAAAUAAUCUAAAAAUAACCUGAAAAGAAAACUGUUAAAUAUAUAAGCUUUGAAGGUUUUGAACCAAAUAAAACCAAACCUUGUCAACCUGUGAUCACUGUUCACAUUAGGCUUGUAUCUGGCAUUUUAAAACAAAUUACACUAUAAAAAUAGUAAAAAAAAAAAAAAAAAAAGUACAGAUAACAUGGGAUACUUAUUUUUCUGAGAUCUUACCGAUCAAAUAUGUUGGUAAAGUUACAGUUUAUUUUAUGGUAACAAGAACUUUAUAAAUGAAUCCUAAAUGAUCUUAAAACAAAACUUUGGGAGAUGUUAUCUGAAAUUUUUAGACUUCAACUGCACAAGCUACUAAAUGAAAACAGAGUAAUAAACAAAAUCAUUCUCUAAUGACUCUGAAGGCUGCACGAAAGCUUGUGACUCAUAUAUAUGUGACGGCUUUAUGCCACAUUGCAUUAGAGGGCCAUGAGCUGUUUUCACAAACACAAGCUCACUCUCUUAUUCCCAUGUCAAAUCAAUGUGCCCAGCCUCAUGAACCAUGAGUCUGGAUCACAUCCAGUGGAAGCUCUAGAAGUUCGCAGGUCAAAAGGGAUUCAAAAAGGCCCAGGAAACUCGAGGCCGAGUCUAGACCUCACACUCAGAGGAGACAGUCCGGGUAGAAAGCCAACAGGGUACAACAAUGACAAAGAAGAAAUGUGUCAAUCCAGUUGAAAGGGUUGUUUUGGCAGAGUAACAAAAGGGUCUCGGUGGCUACAACAGAGGACGGUGGUGAUGGAAAGACUCAUACUGGCAUGAACACUAUCAGCAGUGCCUGCAUGGGUCUGACAGAUGCAACAAAUUAAUCCUUACCUCCCCCCUCUUGGGAUUUAACAAAACAAUUCCUCAAAAAGCUGGCCUGGAAAACUGGCUCUGACAGUAAGCUCUGGGAAAAAA